GGAAUUGACAAGGAGAUAGGACAGGGACAGGGAGCAGGCAGCCUUCAGAAUUUACGAUUUUGAUUUUUCUCGUUCUCAUGUUUCAUGUGUAUUCGCAUUUUCAGGUUUUCUUUUUCUUUUCGAAAUUGUAUGAUGGUGUUUGCGAGAUGCUAACCAUUAUGAGUUUCAAUAUUUUAUAAAUAUUCUUCCCGUCAAAGAAAAGUAAACUUGGUAAAAUUUUCAAGAUAUAAGUAGGCUUUAAAAAUCUUAAAAAAUGAGCGUUUGGACCAGCAAUUACGCUAUCAUGCGAGACUUGUCCAAGGCCCAGGGUCGUCUAGUUCCUGUGGACAUGAACUCCUCCGUCGGAGUGGAUGUUGCUGCAAAUGAGAAGCCUCCACAAUUGGCAACUGAAGAAACAGAGCAGGAGUUUUAUGACAAGUAUGCGUGUGGGGAUUUUGACUACAGCACCAAGCCGGACUUCAGCCUCAUACAGCAAAUGUUGGAAAUGGUGAGGGACGGGAAUUCAGAAACAUCAGGCAGCGGCAAUGAGGGAGGUGUGAUCCAAAUCAGCAAAGUUAAUUUUUCAACCAGAUCUGACUCUGAGAACAAAGGUGCAAAAGAUAAGCUUUUGAAAGCAAAAAUGAACAAAACGAAGCCAGUAGACGCAACAGUCCACAAUAACCCGGCUGCAGGCGAUGCACCAGUAAAGAAAAAAAAAGAUAGAAAUGUGGCCAUGUCCUCCCUUCUUGCUGCAUUUGAAAAAGAAAAUAACAAUGAGCCUAUUAAAUUAUUGAAACCAACAGAUUUCAUGUCAACGAAUGCUGUCAACGAAUCUGUUAGGAAAGUUGAUGAAUGGUUCACGAACAAAGAGAAUACUAUUCAGAAAAGCAUACCCAGUUUGUCAUCAAUGCCAACAUUUAAAAAGAAAAGUAAAUCAGAAAAAUCUGAUAAACAGUUCAAAAAUGGAAUAGAAGCUCAGGAAGAAUGGUUUAUGAACAAAGAGAAUACUACUGUUCAGAAAAGCGUACCAAGUUUGCCAACAUUUAAAAAGAAAAGUAAAUCUGAUAAACAGUUCCAAAAUGGAAUAGAAGCUCAGGUCUCAUCCACUAAUACUGGGAUAUUCAAGCCAUCUUCGAAGGCUGAUGAAUACUAUAAAAAGUAUUUAGAAAAAUCUCAAUUAAAAUGUUUCAUACAGGAGGAUAUCUGGCAGAAGGCCGAGCGGCUUAUGAAGGAGGCAGAUAUCAAAAGAGCCGCCAAAGUAGCCCAAAUGCUAGAAGAAGCGGCCCUCACGGAACAAACGCUGCAGUCACUGGAGGAUUCAGAUGCGACGCCUGCUGAAGCCGGAUCUACAAAAUUGGACGUGAAAUGGACCCUGACAGAGCCUCGGCACACAGGAACAGACGACUGCAUAGUGUGCACUACUGUCCAGAAACACGGAUUUGAAAUUAAUGAUUUAGCACUCGUAGAAAAAGACGUUACACUAAACACAAGAAUCUCAGCGUCUGUAAGCGAUUUGGAUUAAUAAGUUGAAUGGAGAAGAAGUAUUGUUUGUUUCGAAUAAUAUUGCACAUAACAAAAUAUAAAGAAAAAUAUUGAGAAAAUAAAGAGAAAACUUGGUUAAUUCGUCUUUCCAACUUCAUAAUUCAUAAUAUAUAUUUCGGUCAGACAUAUUUGGGUAUAUAUAUAUACAAUAGGUCUUAUAUUAAAUUACAUAAUACUGCGCGAUCAGACAUACAAAAUUGCUCAUACUUCCAACAAAUCUGUUCUAAUUUAACUUUAAAAUAUUUACAUAUUGUUAGCACGUUCCUAACGUCCCGUUUUCCCAUUUCGUGUAAAAAAAAAGAAUUUGUGGACGCAAUGACGUGCUACAUGUUUUAUGUUUCAUAGUAGCCCCCCGGACGACUGUAUCGAGUUAGCUUUGAACUUAGGAAAGUAUAGAUUUCACUGAAAAAAGAAUAAUUCACCGAAAUAAAUUCUAAUACAUCAAUUAACUGUAAUAUGGAAGCAAUGAAGUAGGAAGGCAGACUCUGAGCUGCCGACGCUCAACGGCUGAGGAUGAAACCGGGAAAAGGCUCAAAUGAUAGAGAAAACUGACUGUGAUGUGUAACUUGAAAGUCCCAUAACUUUCUAGUUUUUUAGAUAAAUUUAUACAUAUAAUUAAAAAAGGAAUCUUCUUCAUAUUUUGGUAGCGUAGUUAUAAUAACCUAGUGCACAUGGAUUUUUAUCCCGAAAUUCCUGCGGGAACGAAGCUCAGGGAUCAUCUUCCAAUUCAGACAGUAACUCAAGAGAUAAACGCGUUUGAACAAACAGAAAAACAUUAUUAUUUUAUUAUAGAAUUUUUAUUUAUAAAAACAGGGUGAAAGAUUUAUUUUAGAGUAUAUAAAAAAGGUAAUCAUGCUGAUGUGAGAGCGAAAGAAAAAACACUAAAUGUGCUAGUGUCUUUUCAAUCUAAAGUCAAUAAAGGGCUUUAAAUGGAAGAAUCUUCUCAUAAGCAUAGCCUAGCAACAUAGUCACUAUUUAAUUUCAAUCUUACAAAUAAACUCACAGCUAAACGUGGCCUUUGAGUGUCGCAAAUCUCAGCUCUGUCUGCCCCGUAUGGGGUAUAGAUGUGAUAUUGUAUCUGUAAAAUAAGAAUCUCAGGGCUCGUGAUAGACAAUGAGCCUUAGAAAUAGGAUCAACUUAAACUGGGAUUUUCUUUAAAAUUUGUUGUAAAUUGAUCCUUUUUACGUCUUAUUUAUGAGUUUAGCUCUUGGUGUCAUGACGUGGAAUGUAACACGCAACGACAUGGCAAAGUUAUUGGAAUGAAUUUGCCUUCUCUAUUUCACACUAGCUUAUUGAAGCGGUGGUCAUAGAUAGGUGCUAGGUUCGAAUCCUACUUGCGCAUUGUCAUUUUGUAUAGGCUCACGUAGUUUUAGAUCACCACUGGCUUCCAGUGAAGGAAAUCAUUGUGAGGAAACCUGCACAUUGGUAGAUUUCGGUUCGUAGAAUGCGUACCGCCACUAGAUGGCGGUAGUUUUAAAUGAUGACAUUUAAUAUAUAAUUCUAAUAUGAAUUAGAAAUAUAAAGUGCGGAAACGCAUUAUUUUCGAAAAUUCCCGGAUGUUUUCUUCAGAUCAGGAUCAGAAUAUCAGACGGCUCUUGGAAAUCUGCGGGAAUUCUCAAGUCGUCAUCAUCAUCAUAUCGAGUGUGUUAUUUUAUUCAAGUCGCCUAAAGGCAUCUGACAUGACUUUUACGACUACUUACCGCCAUUUAGUGGCCGGUAGUCACAUACACACUAGUGAACUAAACUGUCCACCAGUGUGCAGGUUUCCUCACGAUUCUCAAGUGAGGAAAUAUCUGAGAACAGAGAAUUUCUCAGUGGCACAUAGCUGGCCCUAGUGCCCCAGCUGGCCCCAGCAGUACGGACAUUAAAUGGUUAAUGAUGAAGUUGUAAGAUUGAGCGUUUAUGAUUUUAAAUGUGAGAAUUAUUAUAAGAAAUAUGUUUUAAUGUUUUGUUCAUAUGCUGAAAGUAAUAUGAACGGAGUACUCUGCUGUGAUACACACAGAUAUAUGGUAUUUUUUUAAUGUAUUUUAAUUAGAGUACGAGUUUAAGGUUAAACACAACAGCACAUGUUUAUGAACAGUUUAUGAUGCUGGGCUAGUUGGUUUCCAAAGAAAUCUAUGUCAAAAUUAUUAACUUUGUUUUAUCUCCAAUACUAAUUUACUGAUCCGCUGAUCGGACUUAGCGUGGAAAGUAAAAAUUGUAUGUUAUUCUUUCACAGUUUUUAUUGGGAGUUUUUGUUUUCCAUGAACUUAACAUAUUGUGAAAAAUUGUGCAGUUAAUAAAAAAUUACGCUGUAUAUUUUAAGACUCCAACCUCCAAAUUCAGUUUUUCUUUUCGAAUUUUAGCCAAUUCGAUGUUAUCAUAAUUAAAUUUUGAAAUAUAUUUGAAUUCUGUAAUAUUUAUUUAUAAAAGAAGGAAAUAUUUGAGUAAAAUUUGCUGUCUCGUAGAAAUACUUUAUGUAAAGCUGCCCAAAUGUGUUGCAACUACGUCGCACACAUGUACAUACAGGUAACUUGACGUGCUGUUGACUGUACACUGUCCCUGGAAGUGAGUUCAAUGCGCUUUUGAAUCAUGAAUUUCUCAUACUUACUUAAUAAAUUCAAAGCGAUUCAAAGUGAAUAUUUCAACGUAAUAUAUCCCGUUAAUUGUAUUGAGAUCUCCUUUUCUUAUGAGAAAGAUUUCGCAAAGUUUUCAUUCACAAGAAUUUGUUAAAACCAAACCUAAUUAGUUUAACUAAGUGGCAUAGAAAUGGCUCAGACAAUUUAAAUGUAUAUUUUUCAAAUGGUGUAUUUACGUAGUGAAGUUAAACGCAUGGAAAGUUUAUUUA